CCCACAGUGGUGUUGAGACAAGUAAAGAGACAGUCUAAAACUUUUUGUGUUCAAGGUUCCAGUCCAAGCCAGACGGAAGUGACCAGACGGCCGCCAUGUCUCACGUGACCCUCUCCCUGCUCGCUGUCCUGCUCUACAUGGUCUACUCAGCUGCAGCCUAUGGGAACGGCGAGAAAGACAAAGAAAAAUACAAAUACAAAUACUACAAUGGUUAUGACGGCUUCGGAGACUUCUACGGAAAUGGCUAUUAUAGAAACGGGUUCGGAAAUGGGUUCGGAAACGGGUUCGGAAAUGGUUUUGGCUUUGGCAAUGGUUUUGGAUUUGGAGGGUUCCCUUUCGGGGGAUUUGGGUUCGGAGGGUUCGGUGGAUUCCCAGUUCCGGUUCCAGUUCCCUAUGGAGGGUUCCACCACGAAUACAUGGACGGAGUUCCAUACGCGUAAUGGCCUUGACCUCUAGAAGACUUUUAGAACUGACGGAAAUAUGCAACACGAUUUUAAAAAUAAAUAUGAGAUGUUUCGAGUUUUCUGAUUGGAUAUAAUUUAAAAAAAAGGAUCAGGAAUAAUGUAGAAACGGAUUGGUCUAAAAAUGGAUUCGUGAAAUUUGAUAGGCUCGUUACGGACCAAUGGCGUUUGUAGGUGGACGAUCUCGGUCACGUGAUCACCGUGUGUGACACGUACCAAAACAUCUGGACAACUCCGUGCCAGCGUAGGAUGACGUCAUGCGUCCCUGACCGUGAGCUGACGUCAUCAAUACUCAGUGAUAUAUCAAUGUAAUCAGACAUAUACUCAGAAUACUGUUGUAAGAUAGCAAUGUUAUUGAACAGUGUUGAUCUUUAUUUGUGUUCCAUGUUUAAGUAAAAUGUUAAAU